AUGUCGAGCUCACGAUCUCAAGAAGACACAUAUGAGGCUCAGAAUGACCAGAGACUGGAUGACCUACACGCGAAGAUUCGCACAUUGCGCGGUGUAACAACAGAUAUCCACGACGACGUUGAGAGGCAGAACUUGAUGCUCGAUGAUACGGGCAAUACCUUCACCUCUUUCGGACAUAGCCUUUCCGCAUCCGCGCAACGCAUGACACGCUCGUUCAGCCCGGUUGUGGCGUCCCACAAUACCCCGUACUUGACCUCGGCGUAUCUUCUUCUCUACGUACGGACAUAUGUGUAUCCUGCGGACUUGCUUUGA